AUGUGUAGAUCGCCUCCAAUCGCGCAGCUUCGACAAAUAGCCCUGAUGGCGGCUACACUAGCGAUAUUACUGUCACUAACCGCAAUCGCGCAGCAGCUAACGCAACAUGCCAAGUAUCGUUCUAUCGACGGCUGGGGAAAUAACCUGGUGCAUCCGGAGUGGGGUGCGGCCAAUACGCCUUUCGUCCGCCUUCAAGUGCCGACAGUGGGAUACAGCAACACGACGUCACAAUUGACGGGCUCCGACCGCCCCACCCCUCGCAACAUCAGUCUCGCGCUCAUGGCGACGAAUUACCCAGAUAAAAGGCGAUACACUGAGGCGGCCACCUCAGACAUGCUGACGUACGCUGGUGAGGAUGGAAUUGACGAAACUAGGAUUUGUGAGUUGUUGUCUCCUAGCGUUCCUACUAUUUCCAUGCUUUUCCUGCUUGUUUUACUGCGCACAAUCGUGGCAGGACAGUUCUUCGACCAUGACUUGGACAAGACCAAGGACGGGAACGGAACCCGGGAUGCGGCGCCCAUCCCCAUUCCCAAGGGCGACCCGUUCUAUGACCCUAAGGGCGUGGGCAACCUGACCAUGCCAUUCACAAGGUCGGCGUACGUGCAGCCGAACGUCUCAUCGUACCGCGUGCCAAUCAACCUCAUCACGGCGUUCAUAGACGGGUCGCUGGUGUACGGCAGUGACGUACGUGUCACCGACGCUCUGCGCGCCCAUACCGGCGGCAAACUGCGAGUGGCGGUCGUCAACGAGUCGAAGGACGCCGCCAUGGGGUCCAUGUUGCCUCUUGUGGGCUCUGUCAACAUCUCCGCCACGUACAUGGCUAAUGACGCAAACAGGGUACCUGGAGGGGCGCUGCGGGCCGCCGGCGAUGUCCGUGGCAACGUGGACCCCCCCGUGUUGGCGUUACAGACGUUGUGGGUUCGAGAACAUAACCGCCUGGCUUCGGAGCUGGCUGCACAGCAACCCGAUUGGGAUGACGAGAAGCUGUUUCAGGAAGCGCGGAAAUGGAACAUUGCAUACAUGCAGCGUGUCUGCUUCUAUGAAUACAUUCCCGCGCUGGGCAUCACGCUGCCGCUCUAUCGCGGCUACAACGCCUCUGUCGACCCCUCCAUUGAUGUCUUCUUCAGUACCGUAGCCUACCGGUACGGCCACUCAGAGGUAACCGAUAUUAUUCUGCGCGUCGACGACGAGGGCAAUGAAAUCCCGGAGGGACAUCUGUUGCUCAGCCAGGCAUACUUCAAUCCGACCGUCUCGCUGUCUGCGGGAAUCGAACCCGUCCUGCGCGGGUUAACAGUGCGGGUGCAGGGCUUCGUGGAGCCGCGAUUCAGCCAGGCUGUCCAGAACUUCUUAUUCGGCCUUCCAGGAGUGCGACCAUUUUUGAUCUCAAUAAGGCGAGAGGGUCCUUCAUCAAUAGUCAAACAGUCAAACUUUUUCGAGGUUCUCCGAUUGUCUUAA